UAGCGGUUGAAUUAAAAUCCAAGAUGGCGGCCGAGGGGGAAUACGAGUCGGUUCUGUGUGUCAAACCUGACGUCAAUGUGUACCGAAUUCCGCCGCGAGCGUCGAACCGGGCCGUCAGGGCAGCUGAUUGGAAGUUAGACGCUCCUGACUGGACAGGCCGAAUGAGAGUGACUGCCAGGGGAAAAGUUGCCUACAUUAAACUAGAGGAUAAGAUCUCAGGGGAGCUGUUUGCUCAAGCCCCAGUGGAACAGUAUCCUGGUAUUGCAGUCGAAACUGUAAGUGAUUCAAGCCGCUACUUUGUUCUUAGGAUUCAAGAUGACAGCGGUCGUAGUGCUUUCAUCGGCAUUGGAUUUGGCGAUCGGGGAGAUGCUUUUGAUUUCAACGUAGCCUUGCAGGAUCAUUUCAAGUGGGUAAAGCAGGAUAAUGAGUUGAGUAAACAGGCUCAAACUCCAGACUUAGGUCCUAAAUUAGACUUGGGAUUUAAAGAAGGUCAGACCAUCACUCUUAACAUUGGGCAAAGUAAAAAGAGAGAAAAGUCCCGUCCGCAAAGUUCAGGUGGUUUUGGACUACUCCCACCUCCUCCGAGUGGAAAAAUUGCUCCGCCUCCUUCCUCCGCUCCGACCAAUAACAACACAGAACCACUAACGAGCAGUAGCAACAUAGGUUGUUUGCUGGACUUAGACAGCAAUGAUUCUAGCACUUUGGUCCAGCCAGCUCCUCCUAGCACAAAUGCUGACCUGUGGGGAGAUUUUACAUCUGACAGCAUGUCAUCUCAGCCCUCCAAGCCAGAGUCAGCCUCUACAAACUGGGUCCAGUUCUGAGUAUGUGAUCCGACUGCUCACUUAAUUUUCCCAGUUCAUCUCUCACGCACACACGCACGCACACACACACACACACACACACACACACACACACACACAUUUCCGCUGUCCUUUUUGUUUUGCACAAAAUUUCGUUUUGACAUCUCCAUAAAUGUCAAUUAUUUAUUUUAUUUAUUUAUGUGUACUACAUUCAUAGUCAUGAAAGUCUCAUUAAAGACAUUAUUAUGUGUAUAUUUGGAAAUAUGUUUACUUUAUGAUGAAGUUGUCAGGUGGAACAACCUUGUUUUCUAAUGUGAGCUUGAAGGUGUUCAGUGCAAAUGAAAUGAUUGUGUCACCCUCUAGUGGUGCAAAUGCAAAAAUAAUAAUAAUAAAACUAAUAAUGUGAGCCAACUGUGGUACAGCACUGCUUUAUGUUUUCUAUCAUCAGUGCUUCUUUCUGAUAAUAUGCAAUUAGUAUCAUUGGAAAUAAGUCAGGCACUGAUUUUUUUCUGUAAAAAGCACUGAUAAAGAUUUAUGGUGUACAUACUGCACCUUCAACUUUGCUUUCUGUGAACUGCACUAAUAUGUGGAAGGGCUCUAAUAAAGCCUAAUCUGUCCUAGCAGCAAUAUUCGAACCAAUGCCGUCAUACAGAAAAAAGAGGUCAAAGUCCUGCUGCCUUGCGAUAGCACAUCCUUUUGUGACUAGACCAAAUUUUACGUAAUUAAAAGACUUUACAUCUAAAUGUGUGUCUCACACAGCACACACAGAGUGCAGUGUUCUAGUGUGCAGUAUAGAGAAUUGUAUCUGUUACAGUGUUUAUUUCUGAAUGACAUGAAUUACUUUAUCAAUGCCAGCUGUUAAUGCUAAUGUUAAUUUGCAGGAAGCAGAAUUGGUUUUGCUUCUUUUUCCAUAGUGUGUGUUCAUUCUAGUCAGAUGAAACAAAUGUGUAUAAUCUUAAAACAAAAACACUAUGUUGUAUAUGUAUAAAUAUAAAAGUCAAUGUAAUAAACAAUACAAGUUGAUUCAUGAGAAA